UUCGCCACGCCCCCGCCAGUUUGGACGACGUGCGAGUUCCGCGCUUGAGUGUCUGCCUCUCCGCCAUGUUGAAUCGGAAGGCGAUGGUCUUGUAUUGCGGGAGCGCCCCGGGCAUGGCCCCUUCCUCGCCGGCGUCCCCCUGCGGCGGCGGCGGGGUAGGCCGCGCCGACGCCCCCCUCGCCAACGGCCUCUCGGAGGCCUUGCGCCCCUACCCGGCGGCGGCGGCGGCGGCGCGGAGGGGGCCCUGCCCCUCUGAGGCGGCGGCGGCGCGCGCGCUGAUUGGCGGCGGGGGGCCUCCUCGCGCCGGGCCCCUGCUGGGGGGGCUGCCCCUGUUGGGGCCCUUCGAGGGGGCCCCUCCGCGCGCGCUGGGGAUGAUGAUGGGCUCCGGAGCCGCCGGGGAGGCCUCGCGGCGCCCGCCCGAGGAGGAGCUCGACGGCUGCGAGCCGGACGCCGAGGAGCCCCAGGCCGGCGCGGCGCCCUCCUCCGCCUCCCCGCAGCCAGCCCCGCCGGGGCCCCGCGUCGGAGACGACGAGCUGCGCAAAGAGACGCUGGCCUUGGUGUGCCGCUACCUGCGCGAAGCCGCCGCGGAAGGAGGCGGCAGCAAAGGCGGCGAGGGAGGCGGCGGCGGGAAGAUCCUGCGGGGGCUCUGGGAGCGCCUCGGGACCGGCCCCGGCCGCCCGGAGGAGGCCUCGGCGGCGCUGGAGCAGGCGCUGGAGACGCUGCGCCGGGUGGGCGACGGCAUCCUCGACAAGCACCGCUUGGCCUUCCAAGGAAUGCUCAGGAAGAUGGAAAUCAAAGAGGAGAAUGACCUGAAGACUAUGUCAGAAAUUGCAACACAUGUUUUCAGUGAUGGUGUAACAAACUGGGGCCGAAUUGUGACUCUCAUCUCUUUUGGUGCCUUUGUUGCCAAACAUCUGAAGAGCAUAAAUCAGGAGAACUGCAUCAGCACUUUGGCAGAAAUAAUCACCGAUGUGCUAGUGACAGACAAGCGAGAAUGGCUAGUCAGCCACAAUGCUUGGGAGGGCUUUGUUAAAUUCUUCCAUGUAGAGGACAUAGAAGGCAGCAUCAGAAAUGUUCUGGUGGCUUUUGCUAGCGUCGCUGGAAUUGGAGCAGGUUUGGCGUACAUGAUCCGGUGAGCCAAAGGGUGCUCCCUGUAGGGAGCUAGCUUGGACUACCUCUGUUCCUGCUGUGACUAGAAAACUGAGCUGUUCUUUGCAAGUUGAUGGGAGAAUAAACAUCUAGAAAUCCCACGGACGGUUUGGUAUGAACAGUCACUUAUAGAAGGUAACCAGCAAGGAGGUGGUGCAAAAUGGGAGUAGAUCUUGAAAGCGAAGCAACGGGCACUCCGCUUCCUCCCAAAGCCACGUGAAAGGAAGAUAAGAGGACUGAAACCCAGUUGACCCCCCCACCUUGGACUAACCUUCAGCUGCAUUGGGCUUGGCAUAAGAACUCUUGACACAUAAGGACUCCGUUUGCACAGGGCUGUGAUCAUAGGCCACGUGUUGUCUUGAACUACCAAGGAGUAGGGUUAGGGCUGAAGUGCCUUGUGCAAAAUCAGAUGUCCAGGUGUAUGCUGCAGAAUGCCUUUUAACUUGGCUUGCACAGGCGUGUGGUGUCUGUGGUGGAGAGAAGGCCUAGUGACCUCAAAUCUGACCCUUGUGUCCUGUUAAGGGCUGUCUGUUGUACGUUAGCCCUUCCAUUUUGUUCUCACCUCUCCUUCCCCUUCUCCAGAAGCUUACACUGCCAGAGCUCCCCAGAUCACAUUCAGCUACAUGGAGCAUAGUCCAUAAAUACAUGCAAAACUUCAUGGGAACAUUGAGGAGAAAUCUGUGUGUGUUGUCAGAAACUGUACAGUGUACAUAUUCAGAGCUUUAUCUUUGGACAACGUUGUAAAGAGGGUGUUUGAAUGUGAUGGCUUUUUGAAACUCUUGUGCUUUAGCCCUCUUCUAACAGGCAAAAAUCUGGGGCCUUUUGGAAAGUUCUGUCUAUGUACUUAACAUUAUUUCUUGGUGCAAUUAGAUUACCUUUCUCUCUCUGACCAGCUGGCUUCAGAUGAAAGCCUUUAAAAAUGCAUUGGAUGUUCUCUUAUUUUCCUUUAGUCAAGGCAUUUUGAACUAUUUUACCUUCAUACUUAAUUUUGACACUUUUUUUUUCUUUAGUCAGAAAUGCGUGAGCUACACUUGUAAAUGAAUGUUGUACUUUUCUGGAAGAAUAACAGGACUCAUGUAAAAUGAGUGCACGGCAGCGUGGCACACACACGAAGUGACUGAAUCCUUGAGGGAGAGAUUGCCUUAGAGAGGGUUGUAGCAAGAUGGCUUUAACUUUUAUGAGAGCUGAAGUGAGCUUGCAGUUGUUGGACUAGGUCGAGUUUAGUCUUCACUGUACUGUUAGCUUUGUUUAGACCAAAUCAUGGCUGAUGUGAAGUAUCUAAUAGCAAAGCAUAGAGACUCAACAUGGUGCUAUGGUCAGGCUUGCUUGUUUACAUAAACAUCUAAUAAAACAAUUCACAGUU